UCAAGUACCAAAACGAAACGUUCCUCUUGUCAUUUAAAUUAAGAUAAUUCAAAACGAUGAGUCUGGCUGACAACAUGGAACCAGAAAACGAGAACAGCGAGCAAGCUCCGAAUGCAGAAGAUAUGGAGUUACUGGACUCGUUCAAACGGGAAAUGGAAGAGAAAUUUCAGCUGAAACAAGCACUAAGGGCAGCCAACCAAAAUGCUGCGGCCACCAGACCAAAUGAUUCCCAUUUCACGAAACUAGACUCAAGUUUAAAGAAAAACACUGCUUUUGUUAAAAAAAUCAAGAAUUUCUCUUCUUCGCAGGUUGAAAUAUACCUAAAGGACAUGACGGGUUUGAACUUAUCAAAAUAUAUUUCGGAAAUAGCUGCAGCUAUAGUUGAUUCCAAGCUGAAGAUGAACGAUGUGCCUGCCGCUGUUAGAAUGUGUUCAGUGUUGCACCAAACUUAUUCUGAAUUCUCACAGCAUUUGUUUGAAAAUUGGCAGAAAGCCCUGCCUGUUAAAGCUGGGGAAAAAAUACAAAAUCCAAGCAAAUUAAGAGUGGAUCUCAGGUUUUAUGCCGAACUUCUGCUUGCUGGAAUAUUUAGCAAUAAAAACGCCUUUUCACUUUUGGGUUCAGUACUUACAACUUUGAUAAAUAUGGAUAAGGAAGACCAUUUUAACAUAUCUAUAAUCUUAAGUUUUUGCAAGCACUGUGGAGAUGAUUAUGCCGGCUUAGUACCAAGAAAAAUAAGGCAACUGUCUUCAAAGUAUGACCUCCCUGUUCCGACAAGCAGCUUUUUACUCCCAGAGAAACAGCAGAAUGUAAAAGGUCUUCUUAAGGACUAUUAUGCCUCUUUAAGUAAACACCUGUUAAAGGAUCAUCAAGAAAUGCAAAAUUUUGAAAGACAGAACAUGAAAAUACUACAAAAUAAAGGCGAACUGAGCCAAGAACGGAAAGAAAAAUUAGAAUUGAUGCAGUCCUCUUAUGAAAAGCUGCUAGGAAACACUCAAAGUUUUGCUGAAAUUUUAGAUGAAGAUAUGCCUGUCCUGAAAGUUCAGUCAUUGCCAAAAAGUAAUGAUAGCAUGGUUGUAACAGGAUCAGGAGCAGAUUUUGAAGAUAGCUGUACAAGUAUAGACAAUAUUUGGUGUGAUAUUGAAACACAGAAGUUUUAUUGUGACCUACCUGAACUAUCUGUGUUCCUUCCCACUUCGUACCUUAAAAAUCAACCUCCACCACCCACCGAGGUUGUAACUGAAGAAGUUCUUGAUUCUGAAUUGCCCAAUGAAGAUGUGGACGAUGAUAGCAGAUCAGAUGAUCAACCUGUGCCGGAAGAAGAGCAAGAUGAUGCAGCUACCACUAACGCGAGCAAUAAAAUUGUGUUGGAAGCAUUCCUGAACAAUCUGCCCAAUUGUGUAAACAGGGAAAUGAUAGAUAAUGCUGCCAUUGAUUUUUUGGUGACAUUGAAUAAUAAGCACAAUAGAAGGAAACUUUUUAAAGCACUCUUUGGAGUGAAUAGAACAAGGUUAGAUCUACUGCCUUUUUACGCGCGUUUCGUCGCCAUCUUGUACCCUGCUUUGCCCGAAGUCGGCAACGAGCUAUGCCAAAUGUUGCGUCAAGAUUUCAAGUACCACGUGCGGAAAAAAGAUCAAAUCAACAUUGAAUCGAAAAUCAAAGUGGUAAGAUUCAUCGGCGAACUGGUGAAAUUCAAGCUCUACUCUAAAAUAGAGGCUCUCUACUGCCUGAAAAUCCUCCUCAACGAUUUCUCGCAUCACCACAUCGAAAUGGUGUGUAAUUUGCUAGAGGUGUGUGGUCGGUUUUUGUACUGCAGCCCCGAAUCACAUCCGAGGACCAAAGUGUACCUGGAACAAAUGAUGCGCAAGAAGGCCGUCAUGGCGCUAGAUUCGCGAUAUGUCACUCAAAUCGAAAACGCUUACUAUUACGUUAACCCACCAGAAGCAGUGGCCAUAGUUAAAAAGGAGCGUCCCGCGAUGCAUCAGUUUAUCCGGAAACUACUCUACCAGGACUUGCAGAAAAACAACACGGAUAAAAUAAUGAGGCUGAUGCGCAAAUUAGACUGGACGAGCGAGGAAGUCUCGGCGUAUACCAUCAAAUGCUUGACUGGCUCGUACAAUACCAAGUACUUUAACAUCCGGUGCUUAGCCAACCUUUUAGCCGGCCUGGUAACGUAUCAGGAAGAGGUCGGCCCCAAAGUCGUCGAUGGUGUGCUCGAGGACAUCAGACUUGGAAUGGAAGUAAACUUGCCCAAGUUCAAUCAGAGGCGGGUCGCUCAAAUCAAGUAUCUCGGCGAGUUGUACAACUACAGAAUGGUUGAAAGCUCUGACGUCUUUAAGGUUUUGUAUUCGUUGAUAUCCUUUGGGGUGUCGAUGGAUCCUAACGAGCCGUCGCCUUUAGAUCCGGUCAACCAUCUCUUCAGGAUACGACUGGCUUGCGUGCUGUUGGAAACUUGUGGCACCUACUUCAGCAGUGGCAGCAGCAAACGUAAACUCGACUACUACCUGGUCUUCUUGCAGAUGUACUACUGGCACAAAAAGGAAGCAUUAAAGGAGGUGUUCCCGCCGACGCUGGAGCACAUCUUCAAAGAGACACUGUCGACGCUCCGGCCGAAACUUAAACUGUGUCAAAGUUAUGAGGAAGCCCAAGUGGAGGUUAAUAACAUUAGGAUCACCCUGGGAGUGGGUAGGGUGAUACAUCAUCUUCCAGUAGAUAACAUAAGAUUGGUAAUCUAUCAUUUUGCAGAAAGCUUGUUGAAUGAAACCACAGGCAAAGGUGAGGAUGGCGCACUGGACGUCAUUGCGGAAACUGACAACGAAGACGUAGCCGACGAGGACGUGUCUGAAGGGGCCGCAGGCCCAGUUACCGACGAUACCGCGACUGAAGACGAAACAGUGGAAAAUACACAGGGAUCUGAUGAAGAAGGCGACUUGGAAACGAGCGAGGCGGAAGCGGAGCCCGUUUCUGAAUCGCUGGCAAUCCCAAAGGGGCCCCGCAAAGUGGAAUGUCCUGAAGAUGACGAGUUUCUGAGCGCGCUCGACAAAAUGGUAUCGGAAAACAUACAGGAAAGGAUGCGCGAACCGGUUAAAACUGGAAACGUGGAUAUAUCGGUGCCGGUGGUUUUGAAGAGCAACGUCAAGAAAAGUUAUGAGCAACUACAAGAGAGGACAGAAGAUAGCGGCGUCGCAAAGAUCGGUUUUGUUUUGAUGGUACGCAAGGGAAACAAGCAGCAGUAUAAACAGUUCGAGGCGGACGCCGACUCGGAGCUGGCUCAGAACCUUAAAGAUCAGGAGCAGGCUCAGAAAGAGGAAAAGGAACGCGUCAAACGGCUUACGCUGAACAUUACGGAACGGUUCGAGGAGGAGGAUUAUCAGGAGUCAAUGUCCCAACAGAACAGACCUGUCACACAGAACUUGAACCGCGAAAGGAAGAAGUAUCAGCAUCCAAGAGGCGCCCCAGACGCAGAUCUAAUAUUUGGCCCCAAGAAAGUGCGAUAGCAUGCGGAGACAACGGGUUGGCCAAAUGGAACUGUCUAUUCGCGUUUAAGGAUGGAGAAUUGAGGCAGGACGAUUUUUUUUGAGGAAAUCUGCACGUCCAGUUAGGGAGAAUUUUCUGAAACGUUAAAAUGUAUUUGAAGCAAAUAAAGUUGUUUUUGAGGAGCGUUUUAUUUUCUUUGGUGUCGGCGGUCAAGUUUUCACACCCAGUACUGCAAAUGGAUGGUUCUGUUAAAUGGGUAAUACAACUGAUUGACUUUUGAAAGAAAACCACAUGUGCUUGUUGUAACUAACGGCAAUUUCUAUCACUUGGAAAUGUCAGCACUUUUAUAACAUAGCAUAAGGACACUUAUUGACACGUAUUCCAUGUAACCCAUCUAGGAUAGCAAAAAUUAUAUUUUGGUAUCGGGCAAAACAAAAACAUUUAAC